AUGACCUCUUCCACCAGCCUUCCCCAUAUCACUGUGCCCACACUCGCUGCAAUACAACUCUCCACAGACAGUGAAGGGUCCAGCGAUGAUGACCUGAGUUCAGCUGAAUCUUAUCUGCUCAAUAUGAAUAACAGCAAUAACAAUGAAGAAAAAAAAGAUAUGGAGAAGAAGGAGAGGGAAGAAAAGGAGGCAAAGGAGAGGGAAGAAAAGGAGGCAAAGGAAAAGGAAGAGAGGGAAAAGGAGAAGGAAAGACAAAAGGAAAAGGACAAAGAUAAGCCGAAAGAAAUAUUUAUCCUUAAUCCUGCUGGAAAUCUGUAUUACAACUGGCUGCUCGUAAUCACACUACCAGUCAUGUACAACUGGACCAUGAUCAUAGCCAGGGCUUCCUUUGAGGAGCUGCAGCAUGACUACAUCAUUUACUGGGUUAUUCUGGACUACACCUCAGAUCUGAUCUACCUGGCUGACAUGUUCCUCAGGACAAGAACAGGUUACCUUGAGCAAGGACUUAUGGUAAAAGAUAAGAAGCUGCUGCUUGAUCGCUAUACCACCAGCUUCCAGUUUCGUCUUGACUUCCUCUCCAUGUUGCCCACUGACUUCCUCUAUUUGUACUUCGGCCUUGACUACCCAGAGAUCCGCAUCAACAAGCUGCUGCGAAUCAGCCGUAUGUUGGAGUUCUUCACAAGGGCAGAAACAAAAACCAACUACCCCAACAUCUUCCGCAUUGGAAACUUGAUCAUUUACAUCCUCAUUAUCAUCCACUGGAACGCUUGCUUCUUCUUCUCUUUCUCAAAAUACAUUGGUUUUGGUGCCGACGACUGGGUCUACCCGGCUUUGGAUGAUCCUGAAAAUCCUGCAUUUGGGGAGUUUGGAAGGAAGUAUUCAUUCAGUCUCUACUGGUCCACACUGACUCUGACAACCAUUGGAGAAACUCCACCACCAGCCCUGGACUCUGAAUUUUUAUUCCAUGUGAUUGACUUUUUAGUAGGGGUCUUGAUCUUUGCCACCAUUGUAGGAAAUAUCGCCACCAUGAUCUCCAAUAUGAAUGAUGCCCAAGCUCAGUUUCAGUCACGGAUUGACAACAUCAAGCACUACAUGCAGGCCCGAAAGGUCGACACUGAACUUGAGUUGCGAGUCAUCAAGUGGUUUGACUAUCUUUGGAACAACGGUAAGGCACAGGAUGAAAGAGAGGUGCUGAGGUAUCUUCCAGACAAACUGAAGGCUGAGAUUGCCAUCCAAGUCCACAUGGAUACCCUCAAGAAAGUUCGUAUUUUUGCAGACUGUGAGGCAGGCCUGCUGAUCGAGCUGGUACUCAAGCUCCAGCCUCAGGUGUUCAGUCCCGGAGACUAUAUCUGCAAAAAGGGUGAUAUUGGUCGCGAGAUGUACAUAAUCAAAGAAGGGAAACUUGCAGUUGUAGCUGAUGAUGGUGUCAAACAGUUUGUUGUGUUGGGAAGUGGAAGCUACUUUGGUGAGAUAAGUAUUCUCAAUAUUAAAGGCAGCAAAGCAGGCAACAGGCGAACAGCCAACAUUCGCAGCAUUGGAUACUCAGACCUCUUCUGCCUGUCAAAGGAUGACCUGAUGGAGUCACUGCUAGAGUAUCCCGAUGCCAAAGGCAUGCUAGAGGACAAAGGGCGAGAGAUCCUGAUGAAAGAUGGUCUGAUAGAUUUGGACCCAGCUAACAUCAUGCCUGAGGCCAAGGAGCUGGAGGAGAAGGUCAAUAAAUUGUACAACACAAUGGAGCUGAUGCAAUUCAAGCUGAAGAAGAUUCUCGGAAAAAACAAUAGUACUGAUAAGGCUUUGAGAGAUCGCAUUGCAGAUCUAGAGCGCCUCACAGGAGAGGAAAUGGAAGAGGAGGAUGAGGAGGAAGUAUUGGUGAAAAAGGAAGAGGGACAAGGGCAAGGGGAGAAAAAGGAAGAAUAG